GUUUUCCUCUUGACGAAGAAGAAAGUGAUGAAAACAAGCCCCUCUAUCCUGGUGCAAGAUUGACACUAGCUUCUAGCAUGCUGUUGAUUAUUACGUUUGUGAUAAGACAUGGAUUAACUGGCGCAGCACUGACAGACUUGCUUAUUUUAUUGGAAUUACACUGUAUUUCACCCAAUUUGUGUCGGAAAAGUGUGGAUUUGUUUAAUAAGUUCUUCAGAAAGUUGAGAGCACCAAUAGAGUGCCACUACUACUGCAAUUACAAGAAGUGCAAGUCUUACCUAGGAAGGACAAAAUUAGAAGUGUGCCCUAAUUGUCAUGGAUCUUUGACUGGAAAAGAGAAGAUUAUGUAUUUUGUUGUGGUGCCAAUACUGUAUCAAUUGCAAAAUUUGUUCCAAGAUAAAAAAUUCUGUGAGAGUGUCAAGAGCUAUCGCCAGACUAGAAAGAAACAAGUGGAUGAUAACAUUGAAGAUGUCAUGGAUGGGCAGCUUUAUAAAAAACACUUUGGGGAAGAUCAUUUUUUUAGAUCAGGUGCAAAAAACAAAAACAAAGAACUUCAUAUCUCGCUCCAAAUAAACACAGAUGGGGUCUCCCUGUUUCGCUCUUCAUCUUUCAGUGUAUGGCCAGUAUACAUUGUUGUCAAUGAAUUGCAUCCACUAAUAAGGUAUGCAUGCAUAUUUUAUGAUAACUGCAGUAAAUAG